AGGAGGAUCUUGGCCCGUGAGCAGAACAGUCAGUUGGGUGGAGGCAGGGAGUAAGGAGGUGUUUCCUGGGACAGGGGGCGGAGACCUGACGACUAUAAGCUCCCGGAGGACUCAAGUUCAUUGAGCUUCUGCAGACACUGGGCGGCCUUCAGUACUCCCGCUGUGACCAUCACCUGUGGACCCUACCUGCCAGCACCUGCAGCCGGCACUUGUAUCAGGCCCCAGCAAUGGCGGGCCAGGCGUCCUUCGACACGGAUAUCGACACCCUGACCCGCUUCGUCAUGGAGGAGGGCAGGAAGGCUCGGGGCACCGGCGAGUUGACCCAGUUGCUGAACUCCCUCUGCACCGCCGUCAAAGCCAUCUCGUCUGCGGUGCGCAAGGCGGGCAUCGCACAGCUGUAUGGCAUUGCUGGCUCAACCAAUGUGACAGGGGACCAAGUGAAGAAGCUGGAUGUCCUUUCCAAUGACCUGGUUAUCAAUAUGCUGAAGUCAUCCUUUUCUGCCUGUGUUCUUGUGUCUGAAGAAGAUAAACACGCCAUCAUAAUAGAGCCUGAGAAGAGGGGUAAAUAUGUUGUCUGUUUUGAUCCCCUCGACGGCUCAUCCAACAUUGACUGCCUUGUGUCAAUUGGAACCAUUUUUGGCAUUUACAGAAAGAAAUCUACUAGUGAGCCUUCUGAGAAGGAUGCCCUGCAGUCGGGCCGGGACCUGGUGGCAGCUGGCUAUGCUCUCUACGGCAGUGCCACCAUGCUGGUCCUUGCCAUGGAUUGUGGUGUCAACUGCUUCAUGCUGGACCCGGCCAUUGGAGAAUUCAUAAUGGUGGAUAAGGAUGUGAAGAUCAAGAAGAAAGGUAACAUCUACAGCAUUAAUGAGGGCUAUGCCAAGGACUUUGACCCUGCCAUCGCGGAGUAUGUCCAAAGGAAAAAGUUCCCUCCAGAUAAUUCAGCUCCCUAUGGUGCCCGAUAUGUGGGGUCCAUGGUGGCUGAUGUUCACCGAACUCUGGUGUAUGGAGGGAUCUUUUUAUAUCCUGCCAACAAGAAAAGCCCCAGUGGAAAGCUGAGGCUGCUGUAUGAGUGUAAUCCUAUGGCUUUUGUCAUGGAGAAGGCAGGAGGACUUGCUACCACAGGAAAGGAAGCUAUAUUAGACAUCAUUCCCACUGACAUCCACCAGAAGGCACCAGUCAUCAUGGGGUCUCCUGAAGAUGUACAGGAAUUCCUGGAGAUCUACAAGAAGCAUGCGGCCAAGUGAAAGCAGAGCCUUGUAUCUGGACUUGCAACCUCAAGUGGCACCACCCCAUUCUGACUGUGUGUUGUAUAUUCCUAGACAACAGACCUAACAGUGUGGGUAGUUCCACAGUUCAAUGCUUUGCAAUGCCCAGGACUGCCUCACCCACAUGCCAUAAUGCCAUUGUAACAGGCAAUAUGUAUUUUGAGCAGGAGAAGGAGAAAUAAACACAUUCUUCCUUUA